AUGAACAAGGAACGCGGGUACAACCCCGUGCAGGCCCAGCGCAAAGCAGAUAAGGCAAAGGCCAUAAAGAAAGGCAAGAGGACCCGCCGGGCCGAAGUUCAGGCGAGGAGAAACGAAAAGCUCGCGCGACGAAAUCCUCACCGGAUACAAAAACAGAUCGAUGACCUCAAAGCGAUAACGGAAAAUGGCGGCAAGCUUACGCGCCACGAGGAGCAAGUGUUAGAAGGACUAGAAAAGGAAUUCCGUGCAGUUACAAAAGCGAGAGAAGCCCUCGGAGAUGCAGCCCCAGUCUUCAGAGCACCCAGGGAGGGCGGGGACCAAGGCGUGCUGGGAAAGAGAAGACGCGGCCGCUACUAUUCUUCAAGCGAUGAGGAUGUUCCCGAAGAUGUGAAGCGAAUCCCAAUGCCCCGAGAUACUCCGCCUCCGAUACCCAAAGAGAUUAUGGAUAAGUGGUGGGCGAAGAGGAGAGCGAGGAGGGAGGCAGAACGCGCAGAGGCUGGGGAGAUAGCACCACCUCCAGCAGCGAAGAAGGACGAAAAAGCCCGGCCAGCUCCACCCACAGAAGAAAAGACGGUGUACGAAGCCAAACCAGUGGUUCGAGAUUUACGGAAAGAAGCUGUCAAGGCCUUCGUGCCUACGUCGGUUAUGAUGAAGAUGAAAAAGGGCAAAGGUCAGGGGGGUCUGAUGGAGCCCGAGGAAGCCGACCGCCUCGAGAAGGAGGGAUAUUUGAAAGCAGCAGCGGCGCCAAAUGAAGCAGGAUCGACGUCCGCUGUCGGUCCUCAAAAAGUCAGCGUGGAGGAGGUCGAGGACGAGGACCAAUAA